GUACUUCCUCUCUCCUCACUUCCUCUCUCUCUCUUUUCGCACUUUUCAGUUUUUUGUUUCUCUCUCUUCUUUAUUUCGUCUUUCUUCCUCUUCCUCUUCCUCUUCCUGUGCUCUUACCUUUGCAGGGUUACCCACCUAUCCUCCCAGUAUAAGCCACUAGAGAACCAUUUGGAAACACAAUUUCAGAGAGAGAGAGACGUGUAUGUUAGCAUGGAUAUAUACAGAGAAAAUCGGCGGAAAUGCUGUUGAAGGGAGCCGUCUCGGCUAAUUUCCGGCAAUAAGAGAGCAAAAAAGGAAAACCCACCUCUAAAAAAUGCCAGAACCAGUCUUAGUAUCGUCAACAAUAGCAACUACUGUUGAUGAAGAAAGCAAGACAAUCAUCACCACCACUGCCACAAAGAAGAAGAAAUCAUUGGACCCAGAAGUUAUCGAGAUAAAUUUCGAGACCAAGACCAAGUCCGUUUUCGUACCACCUCGUAGCCGAGGCCAAUCCACUUCACGGCGUGUUACACCCACAACCACCACGACGGCAAGCUUUUUCAGUUCUACCCCCACCGGCACCGCCGUCGAGAAACGACUUCCCAACGGAGAUCUGUACAUUGGUUCAUUCUCCGGCAACGCGCCACACGGAUCCGGCAAGUAUUUGUGGGCCGACGGGUGUAUGUACGAGGGUGAGUGGAAAAGAGGGAAGGCACAAGGCAAAGGCAAGUUUUCUUGGCCUUCUGGUGCUACUUUUGAAGGUGAUUUCAAGUCAGGAAGAAUGGAGGGUAUUGGGACAUUUAUCGGCUCUGAUGGGGACACAUAUCGAGGGUCAUGGUCCGGAGAUCGUAAACAUGGCCAUGGUGUGAAGCAUUACAGCAAUGGAGAUUACUAUGAGGGGACAUGGAAGAGGAACUUGCAAGAUGGGCAAGGGAGGUAUGUGUGGAGGAAUGGGAAUGAGUAUAGAGGGGAGUGGAAAAAUGGGGUGAUUAAUGGGAGGGGUGUUUUGAUUUGGGUCAAUGGGAAUAGAUAUGAUGGGAAUUGGGAAAAUGGUGUUCCAAAGGGACAUGGGGUUUUCACUUGGCCAGAUGGGAGUUGCUAUAUUGGUUCUUGGAGUAAAGAGUCCAAUACUGCGUCCAAAAAUCAGAAAAUGUUGAAUGGAACUUUUUAUCCAGGGAAUAACAGUGUUGGGAAGGAAGAGAAAUUUGGGUUCAGUAAUAAGCUUGUUGCUCCUUUGAUGGACGAGAAUUGUGAGUUGGUGGUGGCGAAGAAGAGGUUGUCAGUGGAUGGUUCCAGGAGUAGUGUGGCUGAGAGGACUUUUCCAAGAAUUUGUAUAUGGGAAUCAGAUGGGGAGGCUGGGGAUAUUACUUGUGAUAUACUUGAUAAUGUGGAGGCUUCAAUGUUUUAUCAUGAUGGUUCGCGGUUGGAUCGAGAAAAUAUUAGGCAGUUUACGAAGAAUUCCUGUUGUUUUACAGGGGAAGUGAAGAAACCGGGACAGACUAUAGCGAAAGGGCACAAGAACUAUGAUUUGAUGCUUAAUCUCCAAUUGGGUAUUAGGUAUUCAGUUGGUAAGCAUGCUUCGAUAGUUCGGGAUCUUAAACAGAGUGAUUUUGAUCCUAGGGAAAAAUUUUGGACAAGGUUUCCUCCUGAAGGAUCAAAGGUUACCCCACCCCAUCAAUCUGGGGAGUUCCGAUGGAAAGAUUAUUGUCCUAUAGUGUUCAGACAUUUGAGGGAGCUAUUCCAAGUAGAUCCUGCGGAUUAUAUGCUAGCUAUUUGUGGAAAUGAUGCUCUUAGAGAGCUUUCUUCUCCGGGGAAGAGUGGAAGCUUCUUUUACUUGACGCAGGAUGAUAGAUUCAUGAUAAAAACAGUGAAGAAAUCAGAAGUCAAGGUACUCAUAAAGAUGCUUCCCAGUUAUUACCAGCAUGUUUGUCACUAUGAAAAUUCCCUUGUCGCAAAGUUCUUUGGUGUCCAUUGUGUCAAACCAGUGGGUGGCCUCAAGACGCGGUUUAUUGUGAUGGGCAAUUUGUGUUGCUCGGAAUAUCGAAUACAUAGACGAUUUGACCUAAAGGGAUCAUCCCAUGGGCGCACGACUGAUAAGCCCGAGGGGGAGAUUGAUGAAACCACCACUCUCAAGGACCUUGACCUCAACUUUGUUUUCCGCCUCCAGGGGAACUGGUUCCAAGAACUUAUCAAACAAAUUGAUCGAGACUGUGAGUUUUUGGAAGCUGAGAAGAUCAUGGAUUACAGUCUUCUAGUCGGUCUUCACUUCCGUGAUGACAAAACAGGCGACAAAAUGGGUUUAUCACCAUUUCUAUUGCGUACCGGAAAGAAGGAUUCCUAUCAAAAUGAAAAGUUCAUGCGUGGCUGUCGCUUCCUUGGAGCAGAGCUACAAGACAUGGAUCAGAUUUUAGCUGGAAGGAAACCAUUGAUUCGAUUAGGGGCCAAUAUACCUGCGAGAGCAGAGCGAGUGGCUCGAAGGAGUGACUUUGAUCAGUAUAUCCCAGGUGGGUUUGGCAAUUUGAUCCCUUCACCAAGUGGUGAAAUCUACGAAGUAGUUCUCUACUUUGGCAUCAUCGACAUUUUACAAGACUACGAUAUAAGCAAGAAGCUAGAGCACGCAUACAAAUCCUUUCAAGCUGACCCUACCUCAAUCUCGGCUGUCGAUCCAAAGCUAUAUUCCAAGAGGUUUCGAGAUUUUAUAGGAAGAAUCUUUGUGGAAGACAGGUGAUAUUUGAGGGAAAAUACAAGUGAAUUUCAAGUCUCUUGAAUUUCAUGACUCAUAAAUUGGAUCUAGAAAUACCACACUUCUAGAGCAGUAUGCCGGGACUUGUAUGGCUCGGUGGCGGUGGGAACAAUUCAUAUUGGCUCACAGUAGUGGUGGUGGGUCAGACCGACUCUGGGUUUUGGAGGUGCUAAUGGCUGAAUUUUUGCGGAUCAGCCAUACUGUUGAAGGGUCAGGUUCUUUGUACAUUCAAUGAGGAGGAGAGAGAAUUGGUUUAAGAUCCCUUUUUUUUUUCAGUUUCUUUUGAAAAUUUUUGUGAUACCAAGGACUGAAGAUUUGAAAGAGCAGUAUAGGGAACAGAGUUGUCCCAGAGAGUAGAUUCAAAUAUGGGAGUGGGGCUGGGAAUAAGAAGUGUACAGCUUAUAGAAAAAGUUAAGGAUACGUAUGGUAUAUGUGAAUUGUUUGUGGAUUAUUUUUUCAGAAUUGUUU